UUGAGCAAACAUGGCAAAGACAGCUGACUUCGUAGCGUCUUAUGUUCUCUGUCGUAAUUGCAAUCUUUUACAGAAAGGAAAAGUGCGUGUACGGUGUAGAACAUGCGGCACCGAGGCGUUCGAACUCGAGGGAGACCCUCCCGGGGUGUUUGAAGAUCUUGCCAAACUCGAGAUGACAGGGAACUGUUUCUAUUGCGAAAUGCGAACUCCGGCUCACUUUUACACAAAAUGUAGCAACACCGACUGCGGAAGUACGGUCAGCAUCAUCCAUAUGGCUCUCAUUCGGCAGGGACGGAACGACGAGAUGUGCUCUACGUGUACGGACUCGGUUGAGGACUGCCUAGUGAUAGAGUUUCCGUGCGGGCAGUGUGUCUUGUGUGCUCAAGACAAGGAAACGAAAAAUGUUGAAACAUCCUGUUUCGCAGACUAUUGCGGAGCGAAUGUUGGAGAUGCAGCUAGAGCUCUCAUCAUGGACAGCGCAAGAGGAAUAGUGACAUUUAGCUGCCCAGAAAAGCACAGGAACUCGUCGAUUGGCGAAAUCGAUCAUUUUAGACUUGCUGGACGUCAACUGUGGGAUCGAUACAAAGACAUAGCUGCAACACGAGUCAUCGAAGAGCAGUGUCCAAAGUGUAAUUGUGGGAUUGUAGGCGUGCCUGAGAUGGCUCGACUUGAAUGUCCUGGAUGCGCCCACGGCUUUUGUCGACGUAAAGGAUGCUACAAGGCAUGGCCACUGGGUUCGAGUCACACUUGUGAAACAGUUGCUCCAACACUGGCAGGUGCAAAAAUGUGUCCAUCAAAGGGCUGCACCGCACAGCAUAUCCACUAUUUUAAACACGAGUGUCACCAUAUUGGCUCACAUGGAGGGUGUCCAGUCUGUAAUGCCCAUUUUUGCUUUCAGUGUCUGACUAUUCAAGAUUGUUCAAGAAAAUGUGAACACGGUACACGGGAUAAGUGCCCGUGUCCAUUGUUCUGUCCCGAUGAUCGGAAGUGUGGCUGCCCGAUAUGUCCCGGCUGUUCUGACUACGGCGGCAGAUGUGAAGAGUGCAAGCAAUGUAAAGGGUCAUGUGAACAUGGCAAGAAAUAGCUAUGUUGUUCUUUGUAGACGUCUGCUACCCAUUAUUAACUCAAUUUCUAACGUUUUCUUCUUGUAUAUUUUUUUAGUUUGCUGCUGCUUGGUAGUGCCAUUCUGGUACAUGUUUUUUAUCGUAACGGUCAUGCUCAAAGUUGCCAUUUAGUUUAUCAUUCUGUUUAGCUGCUUUGUAUAGUUCUGAUACAUUUUAUAUGCCAAAGCCAUGAUACUCCACUCUA